AGAAGAAGAGGCAGUUGAAAAUACGGUAAAGACUAGCGCAGUGAGAUCAAAACGUGAACAUUACAUUACAUUCACAUUCACCCCCUUCGCUGUCCCUGUCCCUGCAAUCUAGGGUUCUCGGAAUAUACUGUAUCGUUCCUUUCUUUGCCUUCACAUUUCUUCGUCACUACGAGUUGGAUCGAUUCUCUUCAAUCGAGGCUUUAAUCUGAGAUCUUCGUGGUAAAAUCCACCAUGACAAUCGCCGAUUCAGUUUUUCCGAUGGACAAUGGUGCGAGUUGCGUUCCGCUUACACCAGAGGAAGAAAACCGGAUCGUAUCGGAGUUGAUCCAGGAAUCGGAGCUUAAUUUGAAAGAAGGCCAAUUGUUCUACGUUAUUUCUAACAGAUGGUUUUCGAGGUGGCAGAGGUAUGCUGGGCCUUGCGUUGGUAUACUUUCAACUGACAACCAAUCUUCUGAUGGCCAACAUGCCAAUACUAUUCACUCAGAGAUUGGAGAUAGACCUGGGCAAAUUGAUAACUCUGACAUUAUUUCAAAUGGAAAUAAUUGUGAUGGAAAUAAUUUUGAUAUUCAUCGAAUGUUGGAAGAGGGGAAAGACUAUGUUUUAGUUCCUCAAAAAGUGUGGGAAAGGCUGUUGGAAUGGUACAAAGGUGGACCAGCAUUACCACGGAAGGUGAUUUCUCAGGGUGUAGGACAGAAGCAAUACAGUGUUGAGGUUUACCCACUUAGUCUAAAGGUGACUGACGCGAGAGAUAACAGUCAGUCAAUUGUGCAAUUAAGCAAACAGGCUACCAUAAGGGAACUAUAUGAGCUAGUGUGCAAAGUUAAAGGAUUAGAACAGAACAAGGCAUGUCUUUGGGAUUACUUCAAUUUGAACAAAGAUUCAGUUCUGGAGGUUUCAGAUCAGACAUUGGAAGAUGCGAACUUGUCGAUGGACCAAGAUAUUCUUCUAGAAGUAUCACUUGAUAGUGACCAUUCUUCUCAUUCUGGUGUGCAUUCAAUGGGAAAUGAAUUAGCUUUGGUACCAUUAGAACCUUCAAGGUCAUCUAUGUCAAUUGCAGGGGGACCUACCAUGUCAAAUGGUCACUCAGCUGGGUCUAGUUUUAAUUUGUAUCAGGGAAGUUCUGUAAGUUCAUCAUUGACUAAUAUGGAUGAUAAACAUGAUGCCUAUAGAGGUGAAAGGGGUGGCUUGGCAGGACUGCAGAACUUGGGGAAUACUUGCUUCAUGAAUAGCUCUCUUCAAUGUUUAGUCCACACUCCACCUCUUGUUGAAUUUUUUCUACAAGAUUACAGUGAGGAGAUCAACAUGGAUAAUCCUUUAGGAAUGCGUGGUGAGUUAGCACUUGCAUUCGGUGACUUGUUGCGGAAAUUGUGGUCAUCUGGGCGAACUGCGAUUGCUCCCCGUGCAUUCAAGGGAAAAUUGGCCCGAUUUGCUCCACAAUUCAGUGGUUACAACCAGCAUGAUUCUCAAGAAUUGCUUGCUUUUUUAUUGGAUGGACUGCAUGAAGAUUUGAAUCGUGUGAAACAAAAGCCUUACAUUGAAAUGAAGGACACAGAUGGAAGGCCAGAUGAGGAAGUUGCAUAUGAGUGUUGGAAAAAUCACAUGGCCCGUAAUGAUUCAUUGAUUGUUGAUGUAUGCCAGGGUCAAUACAAAUCAACGCUGGUUUGUCCUGUAUGUGGCAAAAUUUCAAUCACUUUCGAUCCUUUCAUGUACUUAUCAUUACCACUGCCUUCCACUGUCACUCGGACAAUGACAGUGACUAUCUUUUAUUCUGAUGGGAGUGGUCUUCCCAUGCCGUACACCGUAAAUGUUCUGAAGCAUGGUUGCUGUAGAGAUCUUUGUCAAGCAUUGGGCAUUGCAUGCUGCUUGAAGAGUGAUGAAAUGCUUUUGCUUGCAGAGGUUUAUGAGCAUAAGAUUUAUCGAUAUCUAGAUAAUGCGUUGGAGUCAUUGACUUCAAUAAAGGAUGAUGAACAUAUUGUGGCCUAUCGACUCAAAAGUGGAGCCCGGAAAACAAAAAUUGAAGUAAUGCAUCGAUGGAUGGAUAAAAUGAAAGGUGGAGAGAGGAAGCUCUUUGGGACCCCCUUGGUUACUUAUUUGGUAGAAAACCCUCAAUAUGGAGCCGACAUUGAGGAAUCUGUACAUAAACUGUUGGCACCUUUAAGAAAAGCAUACUCUUCAACUAAGUCUCAUGAUGAUGAUGAAAAGGAAAAUGGUUUCAUCUCAGCUGGCAGUGAUGAGCAAUCAAACAUCUCAAAUACUCAAAGUGAACCUAGGAAUCCUACAAUUGGCAGCAGAGAACAAGAGGGUACAUCCUCUGGGGAGUCAUCUUUCCAACUUGUUUUAACUAACGAAAGAUGUUUGAGCUGUGAGCCCUUUGAUAGGGCUUCUUUUAUAAAACCCAGUCAACAUAUAAGGGUCUUUCUUGACUGGACUGACAAAGAACAUGAAUUAUAUGAUGCCAGCUACCUGAGGGAUCUCCCUGAAGUUCACAAGACUGGAUUCACUGUGAAAAAAACCAAGCAAGAAGCUAUUUCUUUGUUUUCAUGCAUGGAGGCAUUCUUGACUGAAGAACCUUUAGGACCAGAUGACAUGUGGUAUUGCCCUAGAUGCAAGGAACACAGACAAGCUACCAAGAAACUAGACUUGUGGAAAUUGCCAGAGAUUCUUGUUUUUCACUUAAAACGAUUCUCAUACAGCAGAUACUUAAAAAACAAACUCGACACGUUUGUGAAUUUCCCCAUUCACGAUCUUGAUUUGACCAAGUAUGUGAAAAGCAAGGAUGGACAGUCCUAUAAGUAUAACCUUUAUGCAAUCAGCAACCAUUAUGGUGGUCUAGGUGGCGGGCAUUACACCGCAUAUGCUAAGUUGAUCGAUGAGAACAAGUGGUACCAUUUCGAUGACAGUCAUGUCACUCCUGCUGACGAAGCCGAAAUCAAAUCUUCAGCUGCGUAUGUGUUAUUUUAUCAGAGAGUUAGAAGUUAAGCCUGCUGGAAGGAGAGUCAUCUCAGGUUCUUAUAGAAAAUGAUGGGUCAUUUUGUUGUCUGAUGCCUGAAUUAUAUGCUUAGUAGAACCCGGAGCUUGCAUCCUUGGUAAUUAUUUUACUUACAGCAAGCUAAAGGAUGAAGACACAAUGUCUUGACGGCAAUUCGGCAAAAAUGUUUUAGGUCAGGCUCUGGAAGAUGUUCAUUGGGAGUAUCAAUUGUCAAUCACUACAAGAAUGAUAUCAUUUUUUGAUAGAGAAAUUUUGGCAGCCUAGAAGUUGCUUAGAUACCUGUGUUAUUCGAAUUUCAUUCGAGGUUAUAACAGAUAGUCAUUCAUUCAUCAUCAUUUUCGUUUGACAGUUUUAUGUGUCAUAAUGUGCGUACAGGGAGGGCGACGCAUGUGUUUUGUGAAAGAAUUUGUACUCCACCUUCCAUUAUGUUCGUUAAGGAUUUUAGGACCAAUAUCAUGCAAGUAUUACAUGAAAUGUGUGCAAGAGACUCUAAACAGCAGCUGAUUAUAUUUAUUUAUUUUUUAAAUAA